GUGAUGUUUGCCUUCUUUGCAAUAUUGUGAUGUAUGAUAUUUUAUCUUCAUAGCAAUUGAUUGUGUUAUGAUAUGUUAAAACUAAUGAUAAUUUUUGCUGUUUAAGUAAGAUCAUGACAGGUGGCGAUUCUACAAAGUCAACCCAUCAUGUUUGGACACCUGAAGAAGACUCUCUUCUUGUGCAAUCCUUGCUUCAGCUUCAUGAUGAUGGGACCUUGGUUGCAGAUAAUGGGUUUAAGGCUGGAGGUUUAAAGAAGUUGCAAAGAAUGAUAGAGGAGAAGUCACCUGGAUGCGGGAUACUAGCUGUACCUCACAUUCAAUCUCAUUUGAAGACCUUGAAGACUAGUUGGCAGGUCAUAUAUGAUAUGUUAUAUGGCUCAAACACAUCUGGAUUUGGUUGGGACCCCGACAAACAAUGUGUCACAGCAGACAAGGAAGUGUGGGAUGAGUAUGUUAAGAGCCAUAAAAAAGCUGCUCAUUUCAAGAACAAACCCUUUCCUCUCUUUGAUGCACUAUGCUCUAUAUUUGGAAAAGAUAGAGCUGUAGGAAAAGGGUCACUUUCAAGCAAUGAUGUGCAUGAGGUUGAAGCUGAUACAGAGUUUGAUACAAUAGCUACUAAUGUUGAUGAAGAUACUAUGGAUAUUGGACUAGAGAUGGAUCCAUCAAUUACAUUCUCAGACCAUCCAUCAGAAAACACAAAUGUUGGCACUUCUAAGUCUAAGAAAAGGAAAAGAACUAGUCAAGAUCGUGAUGAGUUUUUGACUGAGGCACUUAAAGAGAUGUUAGCAGCUACUUCCAAGACAUCAAGGAUUCCUCUGCCCAAUUAG